GCAAACCACCACCAAAAGCCCCAACCACCGCCGCGCACCAGCGAUGGCCCCCAAGGCGGCGGAGAAGAAGCCGGCGGAGAAGGAUCCCGCGGCGGAGAAGGCGGCCGAGAAGAAGCCCGCGGCGGAGAAGGAGCCAGCGACGGAGAAGGCGGCCGAGAAGAAGCCCGCGGAGAAGGAGCCCGCGACGGAGAAGGCGGCCGAGAAGAAGCCCGCGGAGAAGGAGCCCGCGACGGAGAAGGCGGCCGAGAAGCCCGCGGCAACUGCCGGGAAGAAGCCCGUGGCAGAGAAGCGUCUGCCGGCGGGCGAAACGGCCUCCAAGGCGGGCGGCGGCAAGAAGCGGGGCCGGAAGGAGGGCAAGAGGAGGAAGGAGACCUACAAGGUCCACAUCUACAGGGUGCUCAAGGAGGUGCACGGCAAGGAGGUCGGCAUCACCUCCAAGGCCAUGGCCGCCAUGAACUCCUUCGUCAACGACAUGUUCGAGAGGCUCGCCGCCGAGGCCGGCAAGCUCGCCCGCUACAACAAGAAGACCACCAUCGGCCCCCGGGAGAUCCGGACCUCCGUCCGCUUCAUCCUCCCCGGCAGUCUCUCCACGAUUGCCUUCGAACAUGGCGACGCUGCCGUCGACAAUUUCAAAAAUUACAAGGCAUUUUAUGUAUCUUCGGAGGAAGAGUAGUUGUUGACUUUGGUUAUCUGCAUGUGGUUUAAGUACUAGUGCUGGAUAGAAGUUGCUCAACGGUUGCUUGGCUCUACCAUGGCACCAAGGCCGUCACCAAAUCCACAUCAUCUUAGAUCGUGUUCGUAGUAGAAAUGUGUAGAUGGUUCUGUUACUUUAGUGGUUGUUGACUCUGGUUACUGGUGGAUGCAAGUUGCUGAAUGAUUGCUUGUCUCUUUGUUGUAA